AUGUCAAAGCGUAAUAGUGUCGGAAAUACUUUGUUCAAUUAUUUCACUAAAACUCCACCCAGCAACAAAAAAUUAAAAUCAAAUAAUAUUGGUUCUGAUGCUAUUUCUAACCAAAAUUUGUUUAAUAGUAACAAAGAUUUAAAAAUUGAAAACAAUAAGCGCGAAAGACAAACGACUCCUUCGCCUGAGGAAAAUAAAACCCAUGACGAAAGUGAUGAUGAUGUUCUUGUUGCUUCUAAGAAGAGGAAAAGGAUACGUCUUAAUCCAGUGGAUUCCGACGAUUCUGACAUCGAGAAUAGAGAUGUCAAAACACAGCCUAAGGAUACUUUACAAAAAAGGUUGCAGGACAGCUUUAAAUAUGACCCUAAUGAAUCCCUUACAAGUAGCAAAGAAAAGAAAACUUCUAUUGAUGGAUCAUCUAAAAAUCAAUCAAAGCCAUUAGAACAACAAGAGACAGCAGUAAUAGCUGAUGAUGGCGAUUGGGCUCAUUGCAAACUGGAUUGGUUAAAACCAGACAAGAUUCGAGAUGCCAAGAAGAGAAGACCAGAUCACCCUGACUAUGACCCCACCACACUAUAUGUACCAACUGAUUAUUACAACAGUCAAACUCCAGGUCAUAAGCAGUGGUGGGAUAUGAAAUCGGCUCAUUUUGAUUGUGUUUUGUUUUUCAAAGUUGGCAAGUUCUAUGAACUCUACCAUAUGGAUGCAGCAGUUGGCGUGAAUGAACUAGGGUUUUCUUAUAUGAAGGGUCAGUUUGCACAUUCGGGUUUCCCUGAGAGUGCGUACGGGCGCAUGGCUUCUACUUUAGUGUCAAAAGGAUAUAAAGUCGCCCGUGUUGAGCAGACUGAAACACCAGAAAUGAUGCAGGAGAGGUGUAAAAAAUAUGGGCAAACAAGCAAAGCGGAUAAGGUAGUGAGACGCGAAAUUUGUCAGGUGUCAGUCCGUGGUGCACAAGUGUAUGGUCUGCAAGACCCAGGGCCAGCUGAUGCUGCUGCUGUCUAUUUAUUGGCUAUUGCUGAAGAGGAAAGCAAUGGAUGCAGCACAUACGGUGUCUGCUUCGUGGACACGUCCAUAGGACAGUUUCAUGUUGGACAGUUCCAUGAUGACAAACACUCUUCAAGGUUGCUGACGACCAUUGCGCAUUUCCCGCCUGCUUUGUUAGUGUUUGAUCGCAAGCACACAACAUCACAUACUUCCAAACUACUGACGACCCACUGCCAUAACGCACGUAGGGAACCUUUAUCAAUGUGGACACCAGAAAAGACGUUAAAGAUAUUGGCCGAGAAGUACUAUAAAACCAAUGCCGAUGGCGACUGGCCUGCAGGAUUGAAAAUGUUCUUACAUGAAGGUGAUGCUUUAGGUCUCACCCCAGCUGCGAACUCCUACUUAGCUAUUAAAGCAUUAGGAGGUUGUGUUGCAUUUUUAACCGAUUGCUUACUUGACAUACAAAUAUUGGACAUGGCUCAUUUUACUUCCUACUCUCCACCUGAUGUCAUCAAUAGAACCCUAUCGCCAGAGCUGAAGGCUCAAAAUCAGUGGCGAGGCGGGAAUAUCAUGGUGCUUGACGCAAUCACGCUGCGGAAUCUGAGGAUUGUGCAAGAUGAUGGUUGCUUGUACGACAAAUUGAAUUUCUGCUCUACUGCUAUGGGUAAAAGGUUACUAUACCAGUGGGUGUGUUCACCGAGUUGCAGUCUUACAGUGAUAAAAGAGCGCCAGGAAGCUGUUAAGAUGUUACUGGAAAAUCAGGAGCUGUGUCAGGAUGCCAAAAACAUAUUGACGACGCUUCCGGAUCUGGAAAGGCUAUUGGCCAAGGUCCAUGCCUUGGGAAAUCUAAAGAGAGCUCAAAAUCAUCCAGAUGCGCGUGCGAUUUUUUAUGAAGAGAAAACAUAUUCAAAGCGGAAAGUUCUGGAUUUUAUCUCAGUACUGCAAGGUUUCACCGCUGUUUUGAAACUCGUCGACUUGUUCUCUGAUGUCGAGUCUCAGCUAUUGAAAGGCGUAACUCAAUUCCAGCCGGAAGGAAAAUUCCCAGACUAUAAAGACACUUUGAAGUUCUUUAAGGAAGCAUUUAAUCAGCAAGAGGCUGAGAAGGAAGGUCGCAUACUGCCAGGGCAGGGAGUCGACCAAGAGUAUGACAGUGCGCUGCAGACAAUACAGCAGAUUGAAGACGAAUUAAAGGAAUACCUUGUUGAACAGGAGAAAUAUUUUAAAUGUCGAUUAAAAUACGUGGGUACAGACAAAAAACGGUAUCAAUUAGAAGUGCCACACGGCAAUGCUUCUAAAGCUGGCUCUGAAUAUCACUUGGAAGGAGCACGGAAAGGAUUUAAAAGGUUUUCAACCACAGAGACUAAGGACUUCCUAUCUCGAAUGAUCGCUGCCGAAGAACAAAAAACCAAAGUGCUGAAGGACCUUAAUCGUCGUAUAUUCGAGAAGUUUUCUUCGCACCGCAACCAGUGGGAGGCGGCGGUACAAUGCAUCUCCACUCUCGACAUAUUGCUGUCUUUCGCAGAGUUCGCAAGACAACAAAACGGCGAUAUUUGUCUACCGGAGAUAACUUUUGAUAAAACCAAAAAGCCAUAUAUUGAAAUAGUAGAAGGACGUCAUCCAUGCAUUCCAAUAGUGAACGAUUUUAUUCCAAACGACACUGAGUUGGGUGUAGAGGGCGCCAGCUUGCUGCUGCUCACCGGACCCAAUAUGGGCGGCAAGUCCACUCUCAUGCGCCAAGUUGGACUUCUCACCGUUCUUGCACAUUUGGGUAGCUACGUACCAGCGCAAGAAUGCAGCCUAAGUCUCGUGGAUCGCAUAUUCACGCGGCUCGGCGCAUCAGAUGACAUCUUGUCUGGACAGUCUACCUUCUUAGUUGAAAUGAACGAAACUGCUGCUAUUGUUAAGCACGCUACAGUGCAUUCGUUGGUAUUACUAGAUGAGUUAGGUCGGGGUACGUCGACUUACGACGGUACGGCGAUAGCGUCGGCCGUGUGCGUAGAAUUGGCGGCACGCGAGUGUCGGGCGGUGUUCAGCACGCACUACCACUCGCUGGUACAGUACCUGGCCGCGCAGCCUGGCGUCCAGCUCGGCCACAUGGCGUGUAUGGUUGAAACGGACGAAUCAACAGUGGACUGCGAAGAUGAUAUACCUGAAGAAACGAUUACCUUCCUGUACAAGUUAACUCCUGGAGCUUGUCCAAAGUCCUACGGCUUUAACGCUGCUCGCCUAGCAGGAAUACCCCGAGAGAUCACCAAGAGAGCUCAACUUAUAUCCAGGAACUUGGAGAAAGAAGCCACAUGUGUUAGAGCAUUCAGAAGUAUAAUUAAAAUGGAGGGCAUGUAUGUAAGAGUGUGGCAAUUGUUUUUUAAAGACGAUUUACUUAUGUGUUGGGAUUUAAUGGCAGAUCUAGAAAAUCGAAUUAAAACACAGAGCGACAUUCCUGAUACCAUCCGUGUACAGACGAAAGUAAAAAAAUGUCUGGAUGCAAUCCAAUCCAAAGUGCUCACACAAAGAGCGGCUGCAGAGUUAUUUAACAUUCCUCGCAGCACUUUGAAAAACAAAUUAACCCGGAAGCAUCUUGACAAACCAGAUAAACCUACAAUUUUUACUGAAGAGGAAGAAAAGGCGUUUGAAGCUCACAUAACUGCACUUUCGGAAUAUGAGUUUCCGCUGACAGCAUUCGACCUAAAAAUGAUAAUCAAAAAUUACCUUGAAUCCCAGGGAAGAGUUGUAAAAAAUUUUAAAAACAACAUUCCUGGUAAAGACUGGUUGGCUUCUUUUCUUUCACGAAAUCAAUCUCUUUCACGGCCACUUGCUAACAAUAUCAAAAGAGUCCGCCGAGCUCAAGUGUCGGAAGAUGUCAUUUCUAAUUUUAUAGAAAACUACGACAAAGAACUAGAAAGCGUUCCACCCGAAAACAUAUUCAACUACGAUGAAAGCAACCUUUGUGAUGACCCAGGAAAAAAGACAUAUUGUGCAGAAGAGGAACAAAAUAUCCGGAAACAAAGUAUUGCUUCAAUGGAAGAACAGUCAUCUGGAAAGACAGGCAUAUACUCCAUUGACAAAGGGGAGCCUUUAGCUAGAUUACCCAAACAAGAUCGUAUAAUAAACGCAGGUCUUAUAGGGAACUCUUUUAUGCAUAAAUUGGUGCAGUACCGAGCUGAGGCGUGCCCAGAACAGAAAACAAUUAGGAAAAAGAAACUUAAUGUACCACCUGGAAAAUCAAUCUGUGCCACUGACCUUGCAGAAGCAGGUCUAUCAGGUUUACAGCACGCUAAAACUAUAAAGGAAAAGAAAAGGGCAACAAAACGAGGACAACAUAACGUCUCUUCAUCUUCAAGCUGCAGUGACAGGACCAUCAGUCUAGCUUCUUCCACUGAAGACCACAUAAUGCCUCAUGACUCUGAGGAUGAUGUUCUUCUGGCCAACUAUGUGUCAGAUUAG